AUGCCGUCAAAAGACACAGCCGAGAAGGCAGAACAAGGCGCCUUCCAAUAUGCCUUCGCAUGGGGAGAGAACGCUCUGCCCCCAUCGUUGUUAGCAACCCUAAUAGCAGCCCAACACCUCCGCCCCUUCCAAGUCUUCCCCAUGCUCUUCCCGCCCGUCCUCCUCUUCUCCUCCUACCUGAAUGUCAAUGGCUACAAAAAGGACGCUGCAGGCUUAACAGCAGCCUGGAGUGCCGCAUACUUUGUCCUCGCGUCGCGGCGAAGGCAGGCACACUUUGUGUCGAGGUUUGGCGCGAGAGGGUUGGUGAGGGGUGCGACGUUGGGUUUGUGCGCGGCGAAUGUGGUUGGGUGUGGGGUUGUUUAUGCAUUUGGGAGGAGGGAGGGUGAGGAGAAGGUGUGA